UUCUAUUACCCACCCACCCACCCCGCACCAUUAUGUCUGAUUCCCGUAGGCUUUUGGAAGCAGCAAACGCGCUUUCUCUCCUUCUGCGUCAGCACUCCAUUGCUCACGCCUUCCAUGGUAGCAUUGUCACUGCCGUGCUCGCUGACAAUCCCCGUUGCGAUGAAAUAUUCUGUAUCGUUGAGGGUGGUUCCACACACCCCUUCCGUCGAGUCAGGCAAGCCGUUGUGGGGAGUGAACACUUCACAACCACACAUUCGCCGUGGAGCAACCGCCUCCAUGCCACGUAUCGUCGGCUCAUCCCAGCUAUCGAGAUUGAGAUCCUGCCCGCUGGCGAGCAUGGACCCCGACGACUAGAUAGUUCCACUAUCAUGCAAUUACAAGGCAUCCCCUUUCUAACUCUGUCCGAGUUUGUUCGGGCAAAACUAAAGGCUUGGACAAUACGCGGUUCAGACCGUGAUGCUCAAGAUAUCAUUUACGCAUUGUGUCGUUACUGGAAUCGAUUGGAUAUCAAUCGCGUUCCUGAGCAAGAUAUGAACCACUUCGUAACUUGCCAUCGCCCUGCGGCUCUAUCCUGGGCAGCGCUGAAAAGAAAAUAUGGUUUGUGAGGGCGCCGGGGAAGCACGAGUCAGAAUGUGCGCCUAUCGGAUUAAUACUAAUUGCAAAAUGGGUCCAAAGGGGUAGGGGCUUUUCACCCAGAAGUGCAGCAUGUUGUAAUGUACCUUCGGAAUCGCACAAUUCCACGCGGUUAUGUCGCUGAGUCCAUUCUGGUCUUGCGGCCACACAAUUUUCAGAGUUUUCUGCUCCCGUAAGACUGAC